GGUCUCAUGACUAAGCCAACAAGCUCAUCAAUCUGCUAUCCUGCAUCGAUCGUAUCAGAGUGGACGAACAAUGAAUCCUCGUCUGUGGCACAAAGUUGCUGCUAUCUCUGGAGUUGCAGCUCUUGGUCUCGGUACCUAUGGAGCCCAUGUCUUCAAGCCCCAAAACCCAGCUUACAAGGAAGUUUGGCAUACGGCAUCUCUGUACCACUUGGUUCACACAGCGGCCUUAGUUGCAGCUCCUAUCACCAAACACCCCAACAUUUUUGGAGGACUUUUGACCUCUGGAAUCCUAGCUUUUUCGGGGACAUGUUACACUGUAGCGUUUCUUGAAGACAGAAAGUACUCAACGUUAGCUCCAUUUGGUGGAUUUGCAUUUAUAGGUGCUUGGGCAAGUCUGCUUUUCUAAGGCUUUAGUGCUAGAUACAGAAGAUAAUCAACUGGGUCAAAUCUUACAGUGUAAGCUCUUCAUAUUGGAUUUGGAGUGAGACGGUUGUUCAUGGAACUUUAUUUGAUCACUUUGACCAGAAACUACAGAAAUUCUUAUUUGUAUUGAUUGGUGGAAAGAGUCAUUACAUGGUAAAGAGUGGAUAUUUGAGUCCAAGAUCCUAUGUUAAAAAAAAAGAGUUAUACAAGGUACUAGGAACAUGUUCAAGUUAUUAUUAAUAUUUGGUAGGUUUCAUUAUGGAACUUCCAGUUCUAAUGUAAAUCACAUCGGAAUAAUCACAACUAGUAAAAUCGCGUUGAGUUUGAUAAA